UGCCCUCUGGGAAAAUGUUCUUGGUCACUGGGCGGCAGCUGCUGGCCGAGGUCUGGAGGGGCCGAUGGGACAAAGGGACAGUUCUGUGCGCCCGCCUCCGGCUGAGACAUGAGCCUGAGACAUUCCCGGGGGGGUGACAUGGCUCAUCGCCCCCCUCCCCCCAAUGGGGCCUUAAAACGCCAGGGGAGCCAGGGUGUGUCUGUGGUGGUGGCAGACCUGGAAGGGCGGCGCUGGAUCGUACCUGGGAGCACAGGAGAUGGGGGCUCUGCAUCGCCCUGUGCCUGUGGGGCACCAUGGCCCAGAAUAACGGCACACAAGGUACCACCGAGGACUGUGACAACCAUAUGCUAUGCCCAGCAAACACCAAGUGUGUGAACAACACCCACUGCACCUGGCCAAGAGAUGGAUACUGGCCAAGAGAAAAUCACCCCAUCCUCUUCACCGAUACAAUGGAGAUCUGUGACGAUAUUAACAAGUGUCUGGGGCCGAGCCCGCCAGACUGCGGACACAACACAAACUGCAUCAACGUGGUUGGGAGUUACUACUGCACCUGCAUCGAUGGCUACGAGCCCAGUUCUGGGAAAGCCAACUUCAUGAACAGACACCCAAUCUCAGAGCUCCCUGCAACUCGGAGCAAGUUUGGAAGCCGUGGGACGCCCGAGGGAGGGGAGCGCUCUGGCUGCACCACUAAGAACCUAGCGCAUGGCGCCCCUUCUCCAGCAGACAGAGCGUCGGAGCUGGGAAAGCGCUUUGGAGCAGCGGCUGUGCUCUGGCUGGAUGUGUGUACAGCGCCUGGCACCACGGGGCCCCGGCUGCGGCGCUACCCGCUAUAAACAUCCCAAUCGCACCAGGACGGGACGGAUAAGGACGCUGGAAGCUCCGUUCCCAUCCCCCAUGGACUCUUGGAAGCCUUCGGGGGCGGAACCCGAUUGUACGUCGUUUCCGGAAUAAAGCAGGUUCUGGAAACACGGAGCCGCCUCGGUGCUUUCAGGAGAACCC